CAUUGCUUGGUUGCUUUUUCUCUUGCCUCUUAAAGCUGAGCGUUCGUCCGUGCCAGAGUUGGUGUGCUUUACCCAACGGAUUCCCUAUAACAACAAGAAGAACCACCAUCACCACCACCAGCACCAUAACCAUGAAGUUCCUAUCAACAGUCUUCCUCUGCGCCCUCACAAGUGGUCUUGUCGCCGCACAAUGCGACCUCGCUACCAAUGUCUGUGAAUACACCAACCUGUACUUGUGCAAAAGACCCUCCAGUGGCACUAAAUAUGGCAACUGCGGUCAAACAGCUAAAAACAAUUGCGAAUAUGGGUACAUAAGCCGUUCAUUACUAAUGGCUUUGUUUCUUCUUCUUCACCUUCCAGUGUGACGUUGGUGUUUGGGAUGCUCAGGCGAAUAGCGAUCGUGGCGGUUGUGAUUGCUAUUGUGCGAAGUAGAAUCGAUGCGAUGGGGGUUAGGUCUGGCGCGAGAUGGAGAAUGCUUCGG